AUGUUUUUACAUAGCGAUCUAGUUGAUGAUGUUUAUAUGAAACUACCUCCUGAUCUUUCCAUUUCUAAUAGGAACCUGACUUCCAUUGAUUUUACCAUUAUACUAAUUUAUGUGGAUGAUUUGCUAAUUGUUGGUGAUGACUUGGUUGAAGUAAAUAUUGUUAAGGAAGUCUUGCAUUCUAAGUUGAGUAUUAAAGAUCUAGGCCCCCUUAAAUACUUUCUUGGGUUUGAGAUCGCCAGGAGUUCCAACGAUAUUUCAAUUUGUCAACGCAAGUACUCCUUGGAUCUCCUUGAAGACACAAGGCUUUUAGCAUGCAAACCAAUUUCUACUCCUAUGGAUCCUACCUUGGAGCUUCAUCUUACUUCUAGCCUCCUUUUUUAA